AACAAAAACAACACCAACAACAAAUGGGAACCAAUUCGGGAGCCACCGCUGGCAUCAAUAACAAGCCGGUCGGUGGCGCAGCCGUCCUGGGCGUUGGUGUUGCGAAUUCCGCUAUCGGCGGCGGUGUACUAUCCAACAGUUUAGGCAGCGGUGGAGGCGGUGGCCUCAGUAUCAGCGGCUUGGGUGGACAGAAUGCGAAUGUGGGCAGCUUAGUCGGCGGCAUGGGCGGUGCUGGUGGUGGCACUGGCAAUAACGGCAGCGACGAUAGUAUGGGCGGACCCGGCGGUGGACCUAAUAAUCAGCAGGCAACCACACCGCAAUACACAAUUCCGGGCAUAUUGCAUUUCAUACAACAUGAAUGGUCGAGGUUUGAAUUGGAGCGCUCACAAUGGGACGUCGACAGGGCCGAGCUGCAGGCGCGCAUCGCGAUGUUGCUGGGCGAACGUAAAUGCUUAGAGAGCCUCAAAUCUGAUCUGACGCGACGCAUCAAGAUGCUGGAGUAUGCGCUGCGUCAGGAGCGAGCGAAAUUCUAUCGAUUAAAAUACGGCACUGAUCCGCCGCAAUUGAACGAGUUCAAACCGACAUCGAAUGAUGAUGGCGGCAUCGGUACCGACGUGGCCACCGAUUCGGAAGUGCCCUACAGCUCUGUGUCUAACACCACGUGGCGACAAGGCAGGCAAAUGUUGCGUCAAUAUCUAGCAGAAAUCGGCUACACAGACAACAUAAUAGAUGUGCGUUCAAAUCGUGUACGCUCCAUACUUGGACUCAACAAUAAUACGGAUCAUGAUGGCGUCAGUGGCGGUGGCGUUGGUAACGUUGGAGGAGGAAUUGGCAGUGGUGGCGAGAAUCUCAGUCCUAAUAUUAAUGGCAAUGAGAGCAAUAAACGUGCCUCUGAAUCGGAAGGCCGUCAUACUCCCGCUAAAAAAGUGCAACAAUCGAAUGAUGCCAUCAUACUGGACACUGAGGCGGCGGUCAUGGCUAAUUUUGAGUUCCUUGGACCGACAGAAAUGUCCGACGAUGAUGAAAUCUCCGACGAUCUGGAAAUGGUAGCGACCGACAAUGAGGAUACCGAUGUAAAAAUGGCCAAACGGCCCAAGUCUGGAAAGGAUAUGCUUACUGAAGAGGUGGACGGUUCCUUGGGACUGGGUGAGCUAGCGCAGCUGACAGUGAACAAUGAGUCGGACGGUGCGUACGAUGCAAAUGCCAAGGACGGCACUGGCGGCAGUGCCGGUGGCGCUGGUUAUCGGAAAACCUGGAAUGCCAAGUAUACGCUGCGCUCGCAUUUUGACGGAGUGCGCUCACUAAUUUUCCAUCCGGAGGAACCCGUGCUAAUCACUGCCUCCGAGGAUAAUACGCUCAAGCUGUGGAAUCUACAGAAGACGGUGCAAGCCAAAAAAUCCGCUAGUCUUGAUGUUGAACCGCUCUACACGUUCCGUGCCCACACCGGACCCGUCCUCUGCCUGGGCAUGUCAUCUAGCGGCGAGACAUGCUAUUCGGGUGGCCUCGAUGGUAACAUCGAGUGCUGGCAGCUGCCAUCGCCCAAUAUUGAUCCAUAUGAUUGCUACGAUCCGAACGUGCAUUCCGGCACAUUGGAGGGUCAUACGGACGCCGUUUGGGGUCUAACCACCAUGCAGAAUAAUAUUGUGUCAUGUUCUGCAGAUGGUACCGUUAAGCUGUGGUCACCAUAUACCAAGGAGCCGCUGCUGCGCACCUAUACGGCCGCGGAGGCCGAGGGCGGGCCCUCAUCCGUGGACUUUGUGCGCAACGAAGUGGAUCACAUUGUGGUGGCCUACAACAGUGCACACUGUAUCAUCUAUGACACGGAAACGGGCAAACAGGUGAUCAAACUGGAGGCCUCGCAGGAGAUGUCCGGUAAUACGGGGAAGUUCAUUAAUAAAGUCGUCUCACAUCCGACACUGCCCAUCACGAUAACCGCACACGAGGAUCGCCAUAUACGCUUCUGGGAUAAUACAUCGGGAACAUUGGUGCAUUCGAUGGUGGCGCAUUUGGAGCCGGUUACAUCGUUAGCCGUUGAUGCACAUGGACUGUAUUUGCUGUCCGGUUCACAUGACUGUUCCAUACGCCUCUGGAAUCUGGACAAUAAGACAUGUGUGCAGGAGAUAACUGCACAUCGUAAAAAGUUCGAUGAGAGCAUAUUUGACGUGGCGUUCCAUGCAACCAAGCCCUAUAUAGCCAGUGCCGGCGCCGAUGGUCUGGCCAAGGUUUUUGUUUAACUUACAUCGGACUAAGCCCAACCCUCAAUUCCCAAAUAUCCAAUCCCAAUCCCUAAUCUCCACCUUCACACACACACACACAGCCAAUGCUGCAGCAGCUCUCAGCUAAGCGAUUACGAGUUCGAGUUAAAUAAUUAUACAUAUAAAAAUACACUUAUAUAUAUACAUUA